UUUAACAUCAUUCAACAUUGAGACUCAGGGGGGCCGACAUCCUCGCAAUCUCUGGUAACAUUGUAUGCAUAACGAGAAAUAAGACACCUAUUUUUCUGGCCACUAUUUCGACUCACUUAAAACCAAUUGCCCAUGCAACAUAACAGUUUUGGUCCUAAUUAAGGAAAUACGAUAACAAUAAUAUUCUUAUUUCUACCCAAAAAGUUGCAUUCGUUGUUCGUGUGCAGCAGAGUGACUCGGAGUGAGGAGACUAUUCGAUAUACGAGACCCUUUUUCGUUGGUUGGAAGAAUUGGAGGAAGAAGCACAUGUAAAACAUUCUGAAAAAGAAAGACUGCUGGAUUUACAUUACAGCUCAAAUAUCGCGUAUUAAAAUAAAUUCGUUCUCGAGCUCAUCAAUUUAAACCCGAAACGAUAAACCACCAAAGUAGUGGGAAUUCAGAAGAAUUGUGUGAAGAAGAAAAAUAGUUUUCUCUCUUAACUAAUUAAUUGUUAAUAAGUAGACAUAAAAAGUUGCUAACGUAAAAGUGAACGUAUAGCACAAACUUUUGCACUGCCGGUUAUUAUUCGUCUGGACGAAUUUAAGGAAGGAGGUCAAAGACAAGUUCUCUCUUUUUGGUGGAAACAGAUAAAACAUGGCUGAAGCACACGCAGCCGUUGCAUUCUCACUCUCCGUUAGUCAUGAGGGAUUCAACGUCAACUUUGACAGAGAGGUGUUGAACCUCAUUUGGUUGUCUGGAAAACGGUCCUGGAGGAAAAGGGGUCAACGGAUUUAUAAUAACAUAAGAUGCGGAAUAUAUCCGGGUUCCCUGAAGGGCAUGACAGUUUCAGUUGCAACCUUGAGCUCUGCCUACUAUGCAGGAUACGACCCUUCGUGUGGACUUAUCCCACUGGUUCAAAAGUUUAUGCCAGCUGGCGAUGUUGGGAAAGGGCUAAGUUGCGCAGUUGUGGGGGUGGGAAUAUGGGGUGGAACUAUAUUCACAGCAAGAACCUUACUUAGAUUGUUGUUCAAUUAUAAGGGUUGGAUGUAUGAGGAGCGUGGAAAAGGUAGAAGCGUUUCUUUAGCCACGAAAAUGUGGUUGGCCGCUGUUAAAAUCUUAUCGGGUUGGAAUCAUCCCAUGCUGUACAGUUUUCAAGGAUCACUGCCGUCCCUUCCCCUGCCUUCGUUGGAUGACACCAUGACUCGAUACUUAAGAUCUGUUCGUCCACUUCGAGACGAUGCCGACUAUGCCAGGCUGGAAAAGUUAGCGAAAGAGUUCAACCAAGGCAUUGGAAACAAGUUGCAACGCUACCUCGUUUUAAAGACGUGGUGGGCCACCAAUUAUGUGAGCGAUUGGUGGGAGGAAUAUGUCUACCUUCGCGGACGGUCACCCAUCAUGGUCAACUCCAACUUUUACGGAUUAGACGCCAUACUUGCCCAUCCAACAAAAAUACAAGCAGCUCGUGCUGCCAAUGUCACACAUGCAGCCCUUCUCUUUCGACGAGCCAUUGAACGACAGGAUUUAGAACCGAUUAUGAUUCAAGGGCUGGUCCCACUGUGUUCGUGGCAGUACGAAAGAGUGUUCAACACUACCAGAAUCCCAGGCAUUCAGACGGAUCGUCUCCAACAUCUGGAUGACAGCACAUGGAUUGCCGUGUACCAUAAGGGACGCUACUACAGCAUGCCAACCUAUUACAGAAACAGACUCAUGGAACCUGCCGAGCUUCAGGUUAUGUUCGAACGCAUUUUGGCAGAUACCUCUGUGCCUUCAAAGGGGGAGGAGAAAUUGGCCGCGUUAACGGCAUGGGAGCGAGUUCACUGGGCCAAAACUAGGCGUGAAUUUUUCUCAAAGGGAGUUAAUCGUAGUUCGCUGGACUCGAUUGAAAAGUCAGCUUUCGUCUUGGUGCUUGAUGACGAAGAGUAUCAUUUUGAUCCUAAUGACUCUUCGAAGCUCAACCAUUUCGCCCAACGGAUGCUACAUGGAAAUGGUUAUGAUCGUUGGUUCGACAAGUCGUUUACCAUUGUUAUUGCUAAAAAUGGACGAAUGGGAUUCAACGCUGAGCAUUCAUGGUCUGAUGCUCCCAUUCUGGGUCACUUGUGGGAACAUUGCUUGGGAGAAGAAAUGUUCACUUACGGAUAUGACGCUCAGGGAAACACAAACGGAUCUGUGGAAGUAGAGCUUCCUCAACCUAAGAAACUAAAGUGGGAGAUUCCCACAGAAGCUCUGGAAGCUAUUGAAUAUGCCUCCAAUUGCGCUCUCGUCCUGCUUAACGAUGUGGAUCUGAAACUGGUCAUGUUCAACCAUUAUGGUAAAGGCUUCAUGAAAACGUGUCGUGUCAGCCCCGAUGCCUUCAUUCAAAUGGCCUUGCAACUUGCCUACUUUCGCGAUGCUGGUAAAUUCAACCUGACAUAUGAAGCAUCCAUGACAAGAUUGUUUAAAGAAGGCAGAACUGAAACUGUGAGACCUUGUACGAUCGAGUCUUGCGCGUGGGUGCGGUCAAUGGAUGACCAGUCAAAAACGGGCGAGCAAAGAAUUGCAUUGCUGAGGGAUGCGUGCAGACGGCAUCAGUUGGGUUACCAAAAUGCCAUGGUUGGUAGUGGAAUCGAUCGUCAUCUCUUUUGCCUAUACGUUAUCUCCAAGUACCUGGAAAUCGAUUCUCCAUUCUUGAAGGAGGUAUUGAGUGAGCCCUGGCGACUCUCGACAUCUCAAACUCCUCAUGGUCAAACUACCAAAUUGGAUCUGGUCAAGCAUCCCGAUUGCAUAUCGGCCGGUGGUGGGUUUGGACCCGUGGCUGAUGAUGGCUAUGGAGUGUCCUACAUUAUCGCUGGUGAAGAUGUUCUCUUCUUUCACGUCUCCUCGAAGAAGAGCUCGCCGGAAACUGAUUCGGAGAGAUUUGGCCAGAACAUUGUAAAAGCUUUGGACGAUAUAAAGAGUAUGUUUUCCAGUCUGAAGAAGAAUGGAGCUUAGUGACACCAAGAUAUUUAUCGCUGCGCUGCUGUUGUUCGAAUUCUUCUUCUUAAAAACCUACACAAUAGUGAUGAUCAUUUUAGGUUUAACUUAUUGAAACGUUGUUGUAGCCCCGAGAUUUUAUUAAUGCAUUUCCUUAUAAGCGUAUUUUGUGUGAGAUCCAUACAUAUGAAAUAAUACAAAUUUUGGGAAGAUAAGGAUCACGUCGCAUGAGUCAAUAAUAAUAUCUAAUAAUAAUCAAAUAAAGAGAAAAAAUAAAUUCAGUUUUUUUGCUCAGAGAAUAAACCAA